AUGAAAAAGCUUAGAAAAAUGAUUUACGAUGAAGAAUAUAAAAGAUUUUAUGAAAGAGAAAAUUUAUUAAUAGAAUCACUUGGAUAUUCCAUAUUUGAUAAUUUGAAUUAAGAGAUAAUUAAUGAAAUUCCAGCUGACAGUUGUUUGUGGUACUAAAAUUUGAUAUCUAUAUUUAAAGGAAAAUUCUAUAACAAAUAGAAUUCAUUUAUAUGCAUAAAAGACUUGAAAUGAAUGGAUAAUAAAAUGGUUAAUAAUAUGGGAACAUUAGAGUUAAAGACUUCAUAACUUGUUGUUUGGGCCAAAUAAUAUACUUACAUACAUAAAUCGUUGAAGCAAAAAUGAGUUCAGAAAUUAUGACUCACAUGAUUAAAACUUUAAAAUAGUAAAUCAAAAUCUUACAAGAACAUUAAUAAUAAAAUUGCGAUUAAACAAAUAAACUUACUAUCAACUACUCACAUUACGGAAGUUAGAAGUUUAAAGCCUUCGAAAAUUAUAUAAUUAAAUGCAAAGUAGGACUAAAUUAAUAAGAAUAAUAAUCAAUUCAUUCAUAUGGAGAAGAUAAAAUUUGCUCGUUGGUGAUUUAGCCAGAGGUCGAAAAUAUUUUAACUUUUAGAAUAUUAGGUAAAGAUAUUGAUAAUGGAAAUAAAUUUGAGAUUUUAAAAACAAAAAAAUUAAAUUUGGAUGAUAUUCUAGCAAAAUUUGAUUUACUGUCAUUUUCAAAGAAACACAUAAAACAUCAAAUAAUCUGUUUUAAUAUAAAACUAAAUAAAAUAUAAAUUCCAAAUUUAGAAUUGAGAUUUUAAUUGCAAUUGCCUUAUCAAUAGAGAAUUGUACUAAUUGAGGGAAUGUUGGAGAGAUAAAGAGCACUUCUAGAUAAAUAUAAUGAAGUAAUUGAAUAGAGUAGUUAUUUAAUUAAAUAAAUACUUGUACCAUUUCAUGAUGUUAUUUAUGUUUAAGGACAAGGUAUAAAACGUAGAAACAGGGAAUCAUGUUCUUCAUGCAUUGUAUUUUGA